AUGUCGGUACACGACGACUCUGACGACGACUCCUUCUCUACUUUCGAUUCCAAGCCCCUCAAUACUGCACACGGCCGAUGCAGCUUCUGCAUGACAGACUGGGCUGUUACCACAUCGGCCAGCGGGGAUGGUGUCAAGGUGACGACAUGGCAGAACUUCGGCCAUAGAGCAGGUGCAGACCUCGUGUGGAAGGCUCUUGUGGGCGGGUACGUGGAGGGUGGGUAUGCGGAACAUUAUUGCCAGAUCGUGAAAUUCCCUGCUGGAUGUGUGAAGGAGGCUUUUGAGACGGGGGAUGGUAGUACACUGGAGAGCUUGGACACGCAGAUUUAG